UUCUCAAACAGAACUUUGUAUUUUUGGCAAAUGUUUCGGGGGUUGAAAAUAAUGAUGGAUUGUUGACACAAACAGAGGUCAUCAAUCGUAAAGUCAAAGGUGGGGAGAGUUUUCUGAAAGGGAAGCCUUUUCUUCUUCUGUUCACUCUUUUUUUUUUCAGCAGCAGCAACAGCAAAAAUGUCAAAACACGACAAAAGAAGCCCAGCUUUACAUUUAACAGGAGGAGCAUUGUCUGGCAUGGCAGCAUGUGUGUUACUUCAACCACUGGACUUGAUCAAGACACGAUUACAGCAACAACGCCAGGAUCACUUGGCUUUUUUGAGAGAAGCAAAGAGUAAAGGCCUAUUGGUAUCUCCUCAAAAGAGCAACAUUUACACUACUGUCAAGGAUAUUGUCAAUAGCAACGGUUAUAAUGGACUUUGGAGAGGAACUGUACCAACCAUUAUGAGAAAUGUACCUGGUUCAGCCUUGUAUUUUUUUGCUUUAUCCGAGGUUCGAGACAUUCUUGCCAACACUAGAGGCACCUGGCAACCUUGGUUAAAUAAAGCAGGUGUCAAUGGCGAAACAACAGCUGCAUAUCAACGUUAUGAAAAUUUAUUCUCUGGCUCUACAGCAAGAGGCGCUGUGGGUUAUAUGAUGAUGCCUAUCACAGUGGUCAAAGUGAGAUAUGAGAGUAAUUUCUAUAAUUACACAAGUUUAAACCAAGCAUUUAAAUCAAUUAUCAAAACAGAUGGCAUCAGGGGUCUGUUUGCUGGAUAUGGUGCAACCUUUAUUCGUGAUGCUCCAUUUGCUGGUAUCUAUUUGUUCUUUUAUGAAGGAUGUAAGACUUGGGCCAAUGAAUAUUCUAUGCGUCAAAAUUUACCUAUCGCGAAUGCACUCAUUAAUCUGGGUUCCGGAGUCGUUGCCGGUAUGGCUGCUACUUGUACUACACAACCAUUUGAUAUGUUGAAAACGCGUAUGCAGCUUAAACCCAUGAUGUAUAAAAAUUUAAUACAAUCAGCAAGAAAGGUUUACAUGGAGGAAGGUUUGAUGGGAUUCUUCGAUGGUAUUAGCGUUAGAUUAAUCCGUAAACCACUCAAUUCAGCUAUUUCAUGGACCAUUUAUGAAGAAGUUGUUCGUUGGUAUGACCGUAAAGACCAAUUGAUGAGAGAAAAGCUUUAGUAUUUAUCAUCAAAUAUAAAUGUACAUUAUCCCCCCCCCUUUUUUUUUUCUUUCUUUGUAAUAACAAUAGAGGAUCCAAUUUU